UAUUUUUAUUUUUAUUUUUAUUUUGUUUUGUUUUCAGUGAUUGUAUUCCCAUGACCGCCUGUGACUGUGCCGUGAUUGUACUGUACCACCUCUUUCUUACUCCUCCAGAAACCACUUACUCUCUGUAAAUAUACAAAUAUCCUCAUCUCCAAUUCAUGCCUUCCUUAAACUAUCCCAUUAUGCACUCCUCAAACCUCCAUUACGUGUUGUCCAUUCCUCACCCGCGCGCGCUUCAAUCUGCGAAAAAAAAACAGUCCAAUUCACACAAUCGUCAUCACACAGACACCGUGCGUGGCAACAUCCCCCAGCGCGCGCAUCAUCCUCACCACCCAGCGGCCACCGCGCCCGCCCACCAUCCCCAACGCCCCAGAUCCGGCGUACCCACCCGCCUCGCACGCAGCCAAGCAGCCAACACACACACUCCCAACAAUGGGCUUCCUCAAGUCGCUCGGCGUGAAGCGCAAAGACAAAUCCGCCGCCGCCGCCGCGUCGGCUGCCGCUGCCAAUGCAGAGCGGUACGCGCCCUCGCCUUCCAACCCACGGUACACGCUGAGCGGGUAUGCGGGGCGGCAGGUGGACUGGACGGUGAAGCUGCCUGUGCCGGUGCUCACGCGCAUCUUCAGCUUUGUGUGUCCGCAUGCGCAGGAUAUGAGUUAUGAGAGCUGUGAGCGCAGCGCGGAGGAGGAUGCGUGUAUGUUGUGCGAUUUGCGCGAUUUGAGUUACUGCGUGAGGGUGUGUAGACGGUGGAGGAAGACGGCUGUGCCGGUACUAUACCAGAGUAUUCGCAUCGACGCGGUGCACUACUGCGAGCGCGAGGAGAUACUCGCAGAGCGACGAAAGCGCCGCUCGUUUUUAAAUCGGAAUGCCGAGUCCGAAGACACUGCGCGCAUGCGCGUGCGUCUGCUGUGCCGAACACUGCGUGACGACACUCUGGGUCUAGGAAGUCUGGUGCUGCUGGUCAAGACGCCGUAUAUGGCGCGGGAGACAUGCAAGGGGGACCUCGCGCGCAUCGUGGCCGUUGCGCCAAACCUACGAUACGCAGAUUUCCCGGAUGGCUUCUUCACAGGGGAUCAGACGUGCGCGACGCUGAGGCAGGAGGUGGAGCAGCGCUGUCUCGAUCUACGGAAGAUGUCGUACUCGCACGGGGCGGAGAAGGCGCUCGAAGACGUGGCUGGGGGUUACCUGUGGCAUAACCUCGAAGUGCUAGAACUAUCAGGUCUAGCCACCGAUCCGACAACAGUACGCUUCGCGCUCGGAGCACUGCGAAAACUGCACACCCUCCACGUAAAAGACAUGCCCUUCUUCAGCGACGAAAUCUUCAAACCCAACCAUCAAUUCCCUCCCUUCCCCCACCUCUCAACCCUCCACCUCGAAAACACCCCCGCCGUCACAAUCUGCGCCAUGCAAGCCCUCCUCGCCGACCCCGCCACCGCACACGUCCUCACCAACCUCUCCCUAUCCACCACCGCCAUCCACCCCUCAGACAUCCACCUGAUCCUCUCCGGAGCCCCAUCCCUGCACCACUUCGCCAUCACCGAGCUCGUCUCCACCCCUUUCCCACACACGCACGUUCCCGUUCCCCCGCUCCAAUCCCGCUCCCUACGCACUAUGCACUACGAAAUCACCGCCACGCCGGGGGCUUCCUACACCGCUGGCACCGCGGCGUAUUACUCCUACCUCACCACUUCGCUCCUCGCUGCCGGGAUGCCAAGCCUCCACAAGCUCUACGUGCGGGACUCGGCGUUCCCAGAAUCACUGAUUGAAUUCGCGCCUCCGCGCCCGCAGUUCGCGGCCGAGAGCCCACCGAACCCGUUUCUCAAUAACAAUCGCCCCCUCUCCACCGCGUCGUCGGUAUACGGAUCACCCCCCACCGCGCCGGUAGGGAGCUUCAACCGCACGCUCUCCCCCAUGGGCGCGUCGUCCGGUUCCCCGCCGCCUCCGAAUCCACAGGCGCGACCGCGGCCACAGCCACGGAACCCAGUCGGCCUAUCCCGCGAACUGGAAGUCUACACCAAAUCCCUCGACGAGCUAGAGUGGAAUUUCGCUCGCGUCGAGCCAGCGCGGCAACCAGGGCGACGAGGUUCCAUGACGGCCCUUCGUCCCGUUAGCGCGUACGGUCUCGAAGCAGCGGGGGGGAGGAUGAGCGGCAGCUGGGGCGCCGGGGGGGUGAGGAGGAGCGUGGUGGUGGGGAAUGGGUUUGGAGGCUUUUUGGCAGUGCCGGUGGAUGAGCCGGGGGGGGCGAUGAGGAGGGGGAGUGUGGGGGGGAGUGUGACGAGUGGGGGGAGUGUGAGUGAUGCGGGGGGGGAGUGGCCGGUUAUGGGGAGGGGGAAUAAGAGGGAGAGUCAUUUUGAUAUUUGGCGGUAG